UUUAUUUUUCCAUCAUUAUUCUCUCUACAUUGUAAACUCUCUCUAUCAAUAAAGAUCUUGGUUCCACACCAUCUACUAUAUUUUUACAGUUAACAUUUGGCGCCCACCGUGGGGCCGAGUUCUUUUUGAUCCACGAAUACCGCAUGAAAAAUUCAGAAAAUUCAUCACCUCCUAGCAGAAGUACCCCAGGUUCCAGAAGCAAAGCCAGAAUGAGUAACUCUUCCUUGUCAAGCACGAAUCCAAGAGAUGUUGUCAAUAAAGCCAAACCAUCAGGCUCAAUUGUAGCAUCACAAAUACAGAAACUUACACAAGACAUGGAGGAGACGAGGCAAAGUUUAAAAGCAAUUGAGCGAGCCAUAGCAUCCAUGACAAAAACUGCUAACAUGUCAUCGCAAGAAGUAAGGCAUGAGCGCUUGUCACAAAGCGAUGCCAAGACAUUAGAGGGGAAGGAGCAAGAUUCAACACAGGAAAACAGCAAUCAAGAUGAAAGUUAUGUACCUUCAAAACCAACAGAAUUGACGAUCGAAACGAGUCUGCAACCAUCCUCAGCUUUCACUCAAUACAAUUUUCGAAGUAAAAUUUGAUACAUCGCACACAUUCAAGCCAAAGAAGGGAUGGCCAGCAACUCCAUAAGGCUACAUUUGCCGCAAUAGAACCACAAAAGGCAGAAACAUAGGUUCAUGAUGAUGGUAUUUACAAAGAAAUUGAAGCAUUGUGA